UCUCUGUGCUUUACAAUGCUUCCCUAUGCUUUACCAGACCUCUCUGUGCUUUACAAUGCUUCCCUAAGCUUUACCAGACCUCUCUGUGCUUUACAAUGCUUCCCUGUGCUUUACCAGACCUCUUUGUGCUUUACAAUCCUUCCCUAUGCUUUACCAUGCAUUCACUGUGCAUUACUACACUUUGCUCUGCAUUUACUACAGUACACUUUCAUAAGGGUAGCGAAUGGACAGCUGGUAAGAUUUAAGGAGCUGUUUUUGCAAGCUAGGACCGCUUUGCAAAGGACGGUGGACGUACAGCCCCCUAACAUGCAGCCGUUUCCUCCCCAGCUCAGUCAGAAAUAUGGUUCGGUGUUCACAGUGUGGUUGGGUCCGAAGCCGGUGGUGAUUCUCAGCGGUUACGAGACGAUAAGGGACGCUCUGGUGAACCAAGCAGAGGAGUUCAGUGGGAGAGCCAGCUACCCCAUGUUAUUGAGAGUGACCGGCGGGUACGGGGUGCUGGUCAGCAGCGGGGAGAGGUGGAAACAGCUCCGCAGGUUUUCCAUCACCACGCUGAAGAAUUUCGGGAUGGGACGGAGGAGCACUGAGGAGAGAAUCCAAGAGGAAGCAAAGUCUGUGGUUGAGGCCUUUGCAGAAAAAGGAGGAGCUCUUUUUAACCCCAAAUUCAUCCUCUGCAACGCGGUCUCCAAUGUCAUCUGCUCCAUUGUCUUUGGAAAGAGGUUUCAAUACAACGACGAACAGUUCCAGCAUCUUCUGCUAGCAGUAGAAAGCUAUUUCAUUGUUAUCAACAGCACCACUGGAAUGCUCUACAACAUGUUCCCCAAUGUUGUCAAACACCUUCCUGGAACUCAUAACAAGAUGUUCGAAGAGAUAGAAAAUCUCAAGGACUUUGUGAAGGAACAAGCUCAAAGCCGGGAGAAAGACCUGGACCCUGACUGCCCUGGUGACUUCAUAGAGGCCUUCAUGAUCAAAAUGCAACAGGAGAAAGACAACCCCGAGACUGAAUUCCACUAUGAAAACCUGGUGGCGACGGUGUUCAAUCUGUUCUCUGCUGGGACAGAAACCACUGCCUCCACAUUGAGACAGGCUCUGCUGAUCAUGAUCAAGUACCCCCACAUUCAAGAGAAGAUUCAUCGCGAGAUCGACGCAGUGAUUGGCUCGGAGCGAAGCCCCUCUGCCCAGGACAGGCAGCACAUGCCCUACACAGACGCUGUGAUUCAUGAAGUCCAGAGAUUAAUGGAUCUUGCACCGACUGCAGUCCCUCACAAAGUGAUUAAAGACACUGAAUUCAAAGGAUACUCCAUUCCAGAGGGGACCAUGGUGCUGCCCCUGCUGUCCUCAGUGCUGUCUGACCCCAGGCUGUGGAAAACCCCUGACAAAUUCAACCCCGAGCACUUUCUGGAUGAAGACGGAGGCUUCAAGAAGAACGACGCCUUCCUGGUCUUUUCUCUAGGGAAGCGGGUUUGCCUGGGAGAGGGGCUGGCUAGGAUGGAGCUUUUCCUUUUCUUCACCUCUCUCCUGCAGAAGUUCCGCUUCACCGGGACUCAGCCCCCGGAAGAGAUAGACGUCAGCCCUGCUCUGAGCAGCUUCGGGAAACUGCCCAAAGCUUACGAGUUCUACGCCCACCGCAGGUUGAGUAGUCCUGUGGAGGAAAGUAACCUGAAACUCUUAUCUAAUAAUAUAAGAGGCACAACUCUGUUGCAUCUGCUUAUCUGCGUCACACUCUCUCCGAAAGCUACCUUCGUGCAACAGGUUCUCGCUGACCUUGGCUUCAUGGAUCUUGUGUUUCUGCUCGAGUCCAACGCCCUUUCGGUUCUCCUGGGGUUGGUUGUGUUGCUGGUCCUGGUUUUAAUGAGCCGCGGGUCUAGCGGUAAGACCAGUAGGCUGCCCCCCGGACCCUCUCCCUGGCCUGUACUCGGGAACUUGCUGCAGGUGGAUUUGAAGAAGCCGUACAAAUCUUACCUAGAGCUCAGUCAGAAAUAUGGUUCGGUGUUCACAGUGUGGUUGGGUCCGAAGCCGGUGGUGAUUCUCAGCGGUUACGAGACGAUAAGGGACGCUCUGGUGAACCAAGCAGAGGAGUUCAGUGGGAGAGCCAGCUACCCCAUGUUAUUGAGAGUGACCGGCGGGUACGGGGUGCUGGUCAGCAGCGGGGAGAGGUGGAAACAGCUCCGCAGGUUUUCCAUCACCACGCUGAAGAAUUUCGGGAUGGGACGGAGGAGCACUGAGGAGAGAAUCCAAGAGGAAGCAAAGUCUGUAGUUGAGGCCUUUGCGGAAAAAGGAGGAGCUCUUUUUAACCCCAAAUUCAUCCUCUACAACGCUGUGUCCAAUGUCAUCUGCUCCAUUGUCUUUGGAAAGAGGUUUCAAUACAACGACGAACAGUUCCAGCAUCUUCUGCUGACAAUAGACAGCUAUUUCAAGGUUCUCAGCAGCUCCACUGGAAUGCUCUACAACAUGUUCCCCAAUGUUGUCAAACACCUUCCUGGAACUCAUAACAAGAUGUUCGAAGAGAUAGAAAAUCUCAAGGCCUUUGUGAAGGAACAAGCUCAAAGCCGGGAGAAAGACCUGGACCCUGACUGCCCUGGUGACUUCAUAGAGGCCUUCAUGAUCAAAAUGCAACAGGAGAAAGACAACCCCGAGACUGAAUUCCACUAUGAAAACCUGGUGGCGACGGUGUUCAAUCUGUUCUCUGCUGGGACAGAAACCACUGCCUCCACAUUGAGACAGGCUCUGCUGAUCAUGAUCAAGUACCCCCACAUUCAAGAGAAGAUUCAUCGCGAGAUCGACGCAGUGAUUGGCUCGGAGCGAAGCCCCUCUGCCCAGGACAGGCAGCACAUGCCCUACACAGAUGCUGUGAUUCAUGAAAUCCAGAGGUCAAUGGACCUGACACCCACUGCAGUCCCUCACAAAGUGAUUAAAGACACUGAAUUCAAAGGAUACUCCAUUCCAGAGGGGACCAUGGUGCUGCCCCUGCUGUCCUCAGUGCUGUCUGACCCCAGGCUGUGGAAAACCCCUGACAAAUUCAACCCCGAGCACUUUCUGGAUGAAGACGGAGGCUUCAAGAAGAACGACGCCUUCCUGGUCUUUUCUCUAGGGAAGCGGGUUUGCCUGGGAGAGGGGCUGGCUAGGAUGGAGAUCUUCCUUUUCUUCACAUCUCUCCUGCAGAAGUUCCGCUUCACCGGGACUCAGCCCCCGGAAGAGAUAGACGUCAGCCCUGCUCUGAGCAGCUUCGGGAAACUGCCCAAAGCUUACAAGUUCUAUGCCCACCGCAGGUGCUGAAGAUGGGGCUGAGCAGAGAUCAGAUGCAACAGUAUCCCCUUCACCCCCAUCCCUGGUCUGUUCCCUGUAGUACUCUGCUUCUGCCACAAGAGGGAGGCAGCACACAUUAUGCCAGGGCUGUCCAACACUUAAAUCAUUAAAUGAUAUGGCUCUUGUA